AUGGAUGAUUCUGGUCCUUCCACGGAAAGUGAUGUCACGGCAUUACCAGAUUUAUCUUGUUCAGGAACGUUGGAGGACUACGGUAGUUCCACAAAUGAUCUUAUAAGCAGAGAUGUUUACCAUUCGACAGGGUCGUUAAUUCAUAAAAGUAUACAUGAGUUAAUGCGAGAUCUGAGGUUAUCAAAGAAUAUAGGUCGAUAUUUUGAACCCUCUCUACAGGGCCAUGCUGGUCCUGAAUACAUAUAUUGGGAUGAUCGUUUCCUGUAUGAUAACACUAAUAUGCUAAAGAAUGAUAUAGUUUCACCAAUAUUUGACGCGGAGGGAGAUGAAGAGAAUAGUUUUCAACCAGGGAAUGAGGAGGAUCCUGUUAUUCAAGGGGUUUUCAACCUGAUUCAAGUUUUUCUGCUGCGACAUGGUUUGUCAUUUGAUUUCGUUAAGAUCUUUGAACGGUACGUGAAAUUGCUCAAGGAAAGUGACGUGGAUCCACUGAAGGACCAAUACUUGCUUGCAAUUCAGAAUGCAUUAAGUGAAAGUUAUGAAUUCACGCCUGUGAUGGAUGCGAUAGUGACUGCAUUUUUAAUGAAGCCGGAGAAUGUUCCAAUGAAACUUGCUUUAAUGGAACAUAGACAUCAAAUAUUGGUGCUGAAGAAAUGGUUUUUCAGCUGGAGGUUAAAGUGGAGCAUCAAUACAAAUUUGCAUGACUGUGAGGGUAUUUGGAAUAAUUAUUUUCUCAAAAAAUAUCUUAACAAGUGGUCAGAGAAGCAUAAAUUGGUUUCAGAAUAUUGGCCAGAAGAUUCUGUAAAUGCCAAUUCAUUCCGUCUCACAUCUCUGGCGUUUGAUCUGUGGACAAACAAAUAUACUAUAAGCCAAACUAAAAAGAAAAUGGCGGAUAAUUUCCAUUUAUUGACGUUCUUCACACGAAUCAAAGAUGUAUCUGCAAAGAUGAAGACUCUAGAUUACAAGGCAAAGACCCUGCAUUCUCAUAGCUUAAUUUCUCGGUAUUUUCUGAUAUGGAAACUAAAGUUAAGGAAUCAAAAUUGCAAACCUACCAUCGGUAACCUAAUACAACGUAUGAUGCUAUCCAAGAUUGAAAAGAAGUUCAUGGACAUUAAGGAGUUGGAGAACUUUGGCUCAUUUGCAGAAAAUUCUCUCCUUCUUCGACCAUUGAUUUUAAAGUGGAAACUAAAGUUAAAACAUCAUGAAUCCAGAGUUCAGAAGUUGGAGAGUUUACAGGCCAGCUUUAUCAAGAAACGGGCAUAUGACACGUGGAGGAAGAUGUUUGAGUAUAGAGAACGGGAGUCAUUGGCCAGAGUAACCUUGGAUAAUAAUAUCAUCAAAUUUUUCUUCCAAAAAAUCUGGUCCAGAAGAUUUUCUGAAAGAACUGUUCUAUAUCAAGUCGUCGCUACCAAAAAUGAAGUUAUACUAAAAUCGAUUCUAGCCCAAUGGCAGAAAAUUUGUGUAUUGAAGUUGAAGGCAGAUGUUGUUUAUAACAAGACUGUUUUCAAAAAAACGAUAAAGUAUAUGGUUUCAACAUCUAAACUGAAGAAAAUGCAAAAGCUAAAGAAGGAACAACUUCUUAAAAACGGACUUGGAUUUUGGAAAACAAGAUACCAAGAGGAACAGCAUAUAAAGUCCUUUAACAGGAAGGUGGUUGAGAGAUAUUGGGACCAUGAACUUAAGAGGAAAUACCUGGCUUUUGAUGAUCUGCUGUAUAUAACGGAAUUGAGCUAUCAUUCAAAUCUGGUCAAGAGCACAUUUGCAUAUUGGAGAAGGAAGCAGAUAGAAAAAGUGGAGCUAAAUGAAAAGGCUGUAAUUUAUUUGAAAUUAAAAGCUGCACAGAAAUUGAAAAGGGCAAUUUCAAAAACCGAAUUAGUAAACUUCAGAGAACGGCACUUUGCUGGAAUCGCUUCUGAAAUAUACAUUCAAAGAUAUUUUCAGCUGUGGCAUAAAAAUGCCAUCAUUAGAAAGGGAUUAAGAUUGGAAAUACUUCUCGAGUCUUUUAGAAGAAGCCAAUCAUAUACUAUUGCUCGAAGUUAUUUAUCCAACUGGAAAUCAAAGUGGGAAUUUUACUCAAGAGAGUGUAACAAUAUCGCAAGAAAGAAAACCAAGAGAGAUUUAGGCAAGUGGUUAUUAACAAAAUUUGCUGAUCAAAUCGAACUGAGGAGAUUAUGGAUGGAUCAGGCAGAUAAUUUGAGAAUCUCAAUGCUAGUACUUAACUGCUUCAUGUCAUGGCUAGAAAGAAUGGACGCAAUUCAAAAACUGAGCUCUUUGGUACAGCUCAAGGUAGAAGAAAGGGAUGUAAACCUAGUUGUUAAAUGUCUUAGUAGAUGGAAUAUGAAAACUCUCAAAUUUAGAAGAAAUCAGGAAACUGGUCAGAUGUUUAGAGGUCGUUGGAAUCGCGCUCUAUUACGUUACAUUAUUACUUUAUGGAAGGACAAAACUGAAAAAAUGCCAAAACCAAAACCUAAUGAUCUUUUCAAAACCAAUAAUGACGUUUCCUCAGGCUUCAUGACACCUCUAAAACUUGAUAGAAUAACCAUACCUGGAUCUGAGAGAAUGAUGAAGAAUAAAAUGGAGAGAAUCAAAAAUAGAUAUAGAGGAGCUCGUAGAGCAAUCCCAAGUCCUAUAAAGUCAUCUAAUGUGCUUGGUUCUUCGAUUAAAAGGAAACUUUCCACAAUGGUUAACACCAAUCAACCGCAUGAUGAUGCCUAUGAAGAUGAUCAUACUAUGACUCCUGUCCCAAAGCUGAACAUACUUCAGGAAGGCAAGAAAUAUAAUUCGAGCGUCAAAAACUUGGAUUUCUCUCGAAUUCCUGAACUAGAUCCUUUUUCGGUGAGAGAGCCUCAAAACCAUAACAUUCCAUUCACCAUUGGUAGGGCUGUUCUCUCUGACGAUACGUACAUCAUAGAUGAAUCACCAACGAAAGCUAAAGGUCGCAAAUCGCCUCUGAAUUGA